AUGAAGGAAAUAGGAAAAUGUUAGAAAUAAUAACGUAUAACUAAAGAAAUUGAGCAGUUUAAAUCUUUAUAGGAGAUGGAUGGCGACUUCUUAUACUUUGAAGAUUGUAAUAAGUUUAUUUUCAAUUUACUCUUCAUAGAAGUAAAUUUUAUAUAAAUACAAAGAUCAGAACAAGGUAAUCAGCAGAUUUUCGAGAAUUGUCAAAUAAAUUGGUUAUUUGUGAGGUAGUUUUAAGAGAGGACGCAUAAUUGACAAGAAUUUAAGCAUUAAAAGGAGUGAGACAAUGGAAUAUUGCGAUUAUUAUGGUUGCAGAGUUGAUUGAUAAGAGGGAGGAUGAGAGAUUUCUAGAACUUAAAAGUAAUUUCAUUUGA